AUGUUCUGCUUCCAGGGGCAGCUCUUCUGGGCCGAUUUCGCGCAGGGCCUCAUGUACUGCGACCUGCGCGCCGGGGACGCCUUCGAACUGACGGAGUCACCGAAGAAGAGACGGACCAUUGGCUACAUUGAGAUGGUGAAGUUGUGGACUCUGGACAUGGAUCGAUGCGCGUGGAAGGAGCACAGGAGGGGUUUCCCGUGUCCUUGGAUGCUGGCGCUGUUGCGAGAGAUGUGUUGCCACAGCCCCCUGUCUUGA